CGGCGAGGCUGGAGGGAGCUCUUGCAGGGAGGACGAGAGGGAGCCGGGGCUCGGGCGGGCGAUGCGGGCUGAGGCGUCGCCUGCUGCCCCCGGAGCUCCUCUCCGCAGCGGCUGCAGCAGUCGCACCAGUCCGACGAGGCAGAGGUGCGCGGCUCUCCCGGCGUCGCCCGGCUGCUUCUGCUGAGAGCUGCCGUGCCUUGGCCAGCGUCUCCUACCACCACCACCAGCACCUCCGACGGCUCCAAGAGGAUGUGGCUCCUCGCCGUGGCGACAACUUUCUGGGGAUUGUUGCUGGCGCCAGGUUUUGCUUUGCAAAUACAGUGCUAUCAGUGUGAGGAAUUUCAGCUAAACAAUGAUUGCUCGUCCCCAGAGUUCAUAGUGAAUUGCACUGUGAAUGUCCAAGAUAUGUGUCAAAAGGAAGUCAUGGAACAAAGUACAGGGAUCCUGUAUCGCAAGUCCUGCGCAUCCUCUGCAGCUUGCCUCAUGACCUCUGCCGGAUACCAGACUUUCUGUACUCCAGGGAAGAUAAACUCUGUUUGUAUAAGCUGCUGCAAUACUCCGCUCUGCAAUGGGCCCAGGCCAAAGAAGAGGGGAAACUCUGGCACCAUGCCCAGGGCUGGUGUAUUAACAACCAUACUGCUCUCUAGCUUGGCAUUUUUAACACCAGUACACUGCUGAACUCUAAUGGAAGAUUUUUUUGUUGUUUUUGGCUUCAUUUUGUCCAGACACAGCUGGUUUCCAUUGUAAUGUUGCUGUUUGCUUCCAAGUGCUAAAAGAAGAGUUUGAUUUGAAAAAUCCUCAGCAACUUCAUUAGCAGCAGAAUAGGUCUAGUUGCCCUGUCUUUCUGGUAGGCACUUUUAAAAAAAGCCGUCACCCAUGUAGAACCCAUAUUCAUUUAUGUUACUGGGAUCGUAGUCUAUUGAA